UCUUCUCCAAGCGGGAGAAGGUAACGGUGGAGCGGCUCUGCAAAGAGAAUUUUUUCGGCAUCCCUCCCUUCCGGGGCUUCGGUUUGUGGCGGUGCCUUGAGGGGACCCUGCGCCCACCCCGGCCAGGACCGGGGCCGGUGGGCGGUGCGGGUCGGAGGUGAGUGCACGGAGCGGCGGCAUCAGGAGCGCCAAGCGGUAGUCGCGUCGCUAUGGCCAAGCACCACCCGGACCUCAUCUUCUGCCGCAAGCAGGCGGGCGUGGCAAUUGGAAGACUGUGUGAAAAAUGUGAUGGCAAAUGUGUGAUCUGUGACUCCUACGUGCGGCCCUGCACCCUGGUGCGCAUAUGUGAUGAGUGUAACUACGGCUCCUACCAAGGGCGCUGUGUGAUCUGCGGGGGUCCUGGAGUGUCUGAUGCCUACUACUGCAAGGAGUGUACCAUCCAGGAAAAAGAUAGAGAUGGUUGCCCUAAGAUCGUCAACCUGGGCAGUUCCAAGACAGAUCUCUUCUACGAAAGGAAAAAGUAUGGCUUCAAGAAGAGGUGAUCCUAUCUGUACAUGGCUACACCUCCUGUCCGGUUGGCAAGAGGGUCUUGGAACAUCUCUGGACUUUUAUUGAAAACUGGUUGAUUAUCUUCUUCUAAAUUCAGUAAUACACUUGGGGUUGGAAAAGUAACAGAGUGGGUGGGGACUGAAAGCUCAUCAGAACUGACUAUCAGAAAGAGCAGGUGAGGAUUACUGUCUGUUACCUUUUCAGAAGCUCUGCUAGUAGUUGUCCCAGCUCACUAUAAAAAACCUGGUGGGCAAGUAUUUAAGCACAGAGGGGAGCAGCUUGGUAAAAAGCAAGUGUCCUUUUGUGUAUUCUUACCCGACCUCUCAAUUGUUAUAAAUUGCCCCUCACCAUCUGUAUUGAGGAACAAAGCACCAAUCCCAUGUGCCCGCUUCCCCCGCCCCUUUUCUCCAGUAUAUUUCCAUGCUGCCCUGUUUUGUAAGGAACCUGCUCAUGGCUGGUGCCUUCCUAGGGAGAGCCCAGCUGUUCCAUGUUUUCUUUGACAGAUUAAUCCAAGGCUAUUUCUUGUAACUGUUUCUGUAGGAUGCAUACCAAUAAACCUUUUUCCUUUUUUUUUUUU